CCUUGCUCCACCAGUGUGCACACUUGACUCUGUCUGUGCCUGCAUUUUUUCCCUCCCCUCUCAUUCGGUCUCUGUCUCUCAGCUGCAGCAGCUCAGGGGAGGCAGCUGGAUGUACGUCUGCAUAACAAUUGCCACAGGUAAAGACAGCUGCAUCGUCGGAUGUUGCCAACCCCACAAGGGGGCUAGGGAGCCUUUGCUUCUGCGGUUGCAAGUUCUCAUCCCAGCACGGGGUGCACAUUUCUAAUCAUCUUCCGGAGAGCAUCCUGGAGGAAAGGACACGCAGAGGAUCCCAGCAACCCGACCAACAAAUCACAAGCUGACUUAAAAGAGCGCAGGCUUUCAGGGACUGAGGAAUAAACACCACUCAGAGAGAGACAAGAGAGCAUCAGUGGGAUAUUUUUAAACAUUGCAGCCCCUGUUUGUGUUUUUUGUUCUUAUCUCUUGCUUUCUUCUCUUUCUGUAUUAAUCAUUUCAUCCGCUCCCGGCAUCUCAUCUUCUUCCUCUCUCAUUUUAUCCUUCUGUGGCGGAAUGUCCCCUGCAAAUAGAUGAGAAGAGGCUUUCUGAGCGGUUGCUGCAGUAUUCACGGACAGUAUAGUGAGACAGCAGGGCGCUGAGCGGACAGCUUGGGUAUAUCUGAUCCAUAGCGGGCUGGAGACGGAGCAGGAUCACGCUUUGCAUGUUGCAGAUUUAUCCGCCCUGUGAUACCACUGUGCGACAACACCCAUCAUUCUUUUUUUUCUCUUCUCCUCCCUCUCGUUCUCCUCAUCUAAAGUGUUGCUUUGUGACUGGAUCAGGAGAAUUACUUGGAUUCUACUGCUUUAUUGUAAUCCUGGGAUUUAGAGCACACAUAAAAAGGAAGAAAAGUGGGUCUGGAGCCAAAGAGUGAAAAAUAAAAAUAUAUCUUUAAAUAAAAAGAGACGCUUGUUGAAAAGAAUCGCGGAUAAUACAAGGAAAGUGUUCGAUGGAUGCAUAAACGUCAGAUCUCUCGCUCUCUUUCAGUUACGAAAGAGACCAGUUUUGGGAGCUGAGGGGACGCUAACUCGGCUAAAGCUGCAUUGGAAAACAUCUUUAUUUUUUGUGGUCCUGCACACGGUGGGGGAGGCAACAAGACCCACCCUGCAAGUUUCCUUCCCCUCGUUAGGCAAUACUGUCCCGUUGUGGAUUCUGCUUGGAGGGGACGCGUAUGCACGUUAAGUAGAAAAAGCUGUGGAUUUUUGCUGCAGUGACAUCUGAACACUGAUGCCACAUAUUCCUCAUAGAGGUGAAGCUGUUCCUUCCCACCUAUCUCUCCCUCCUGUCCCUUUUUCUCCUUGUUAGAACACUUCUUCUUCUCCUCUGGCUUACCCUGCUCUGAACAUUCUUGAAGCUCACUGUUACUUCAGUUGGACAUUGGAAGUUGUGCCGGACUAAACACGGACUAAUAAGGCGAUUAUCCGUCUACGCCACCUCUCCCAUUUUUUCACUGGGUGCCUCUACGUCUGAGUGUGUGUGCUUGUGUGUUUGUGAUAGUGUGUCUGCAUGUAUCUGCACCCCUCCCUUUCUCUCUAUCCUUGGAUUACAUACAUGUGUACGUGUUAUUGAACGGCCCAUUCCCGUGAGGUCCUUCAGUAUCCAUUUUACCACCUUUCCCUUUGUAUGUUCUUGUUGAUCGGCAUUGUUGGGAACCUUUCUGCCAUGUGCUACUGAUGCUUAUCCCAGGGUUAACCCUCAAUGAGCCAUAAAGGACGGAAGGAAAGGAUGAGCGAGUGUUCUGGGGCAGCGGUUUCCGGGGCGGUCAUCCUGGAGGAACCUGAGGGUUCGGGGCCUUCAGGGGGCCGUGGUGAGGUCCAGGCCCAGGAUCAGGGUCCUCUUCGCUGUGCCGUUUGGCCUCGCCAACAGACAUGGUUGUGUGUGGUCCCCUUACUCAUCGGUUUCAUUGGCCUUGGAUUGAGCCUGAUGCUGCUGAAAUGGAUUGUUGUUGGUACAGUACGGGAUUACGUGCCAACGGACCUGGUGGAUGCUAAUCGGAUAGGCCAGGAUCCUAUCUUCCUCUCCAAGCCAAGCGGGAUUCCAAAAAGUUCCGAUACUACAACCACCACAACUACUCCGACAGUUGAUGGCGGGAACCCUACACCUCGAACUGGAACUUUUGCGAAAGGAAGAACUCGUUCCACUGCUACUACCACGACUAUGAACCCAAGAGGGGGUGGAGCCUCGGGUAGCCAAGUAACCCCUCGAAAUCCUGUAAAUCGUAAUGGACGAGGACCUUCGGGUUUUACUACCACUGCAGUGCCACGGACAACCUUCAUAAUUGGAGCAGCAACAUCUAGCCCCUCACCGUCCAAUCCAACUGUACUCCACGACUCCACGCAGACGUGGACCCUGGAGCAUACUACUACUGAGAAGGUCUCCACCACGCUCACCACGCGUACGCACGGCCACCGCAAGACACCGUCUCCGACUGUCCCUCCGCUGCACUCGGAGCAUUUUAAACCCUGUCAUGAGAAGGACCUGGCCUACUGCCUGAACGGGGGCGAAUGCUUCGUCAUCGAGACGCUUAGUGGGCCUCACAAGCACUGCAAGUGUCGAGAAGGCUACCAGGGAAUCCGCUGUGACCAGUUCCUCCCCAAGACGGACUCCAUCCUGUCGGACCCAAAAAGCAAAGAGGUGUACAAGAGACAGGUGCUGUCAAUCACGUCCAUCGCUAUGGCGAUCAGCCUCCUGGGGACCCUGUGCAUGGCCCUCUACUGCCGCAACAAGAGGCGCAGAGAGAAGCUCCAGGCACACCUGAAGGAGAGUCGCACUUUGAAAAACUACACUGCUAAUUCCCACAAUGCCCUGGAUGCCAAGAUGAGGACCCCGAACUCAACCCUGCAAAUGCAUGAGCGUCAGGUGUUUGUGACAGCGUCAGUUCCCAUGGGUGUACCAAGACGCUCUCAGGUAAAUGUCAUACCUGUGAUGCUUCGCUGUGCCUCUGGAGCCGGCGGACGGCGUGGUGGAGAUGUUGCAGUGUGCAAAGCUGGACGCACAAAGGUUUCCCUGGCGAGACUGGGAGGACCAAGUGCUUCCCUGUCUCACAGCCCGGAUCAGAGUACCCGGGCCGCCCAUUGGUCAGCUCCACGCAGGACCCCGCCCAUACCCAGGGGAAGGCUAAAUCCGAUUGGAGGAUCCAAGUAUUCAGGCCCCGCCUACCAACACCUUCAGGAAGUGGACUCAUCUGAGAGGGAGGCCGAAGCACAAAGAGGUUGCCAAAUGCAGGUCGCGAACCAACCAACCGGACGAGACGCCGUCCUACAUAUGCAAACACCAGUUUCCAUGGAGACAUCGUCACCAUCGCCUUGGAGCGUGGGCCGCGUGGAGGUGGCGCGUUGUGUCCCGUGCGCCCCGUCCGAGCACCACAACCCCAACCCCGCCACCCGCAGCCUGCGCAGGCCUGGACGCCGUCACGGCCGCUCCCCGCCUCCGCCGAUCCGCUCCAGCUCCAUCCCGAUCAUCCCCUCCGUCCAGUGUCACCGCGACAACGAGGUGUCCUGUAUGCAAACCAGUGCGGCGCCGGCGAACGCGGCCACGUCGGCCACGUGCGGCGCCGGGCCCCGCAAGGAAGCCAGGAGAGAGAAGGCAGCGUGCCCCGCGCCGUGUUCUUCUUCCUGCUCGUCCGCCAUUGGCCAGCGGCAGGAUGAGGUGGCGCUGCUGCUGGAGGAGGCGCAGGAGCACCUCAGGGCGCUGGCGUUGGCUCACAGGAAGCAGGGAGAAGGCGGGAUCAGCGGCGGCGGCGGCGGCGGCGGAUCCACGGCUGCGCCGGUCGAGGCCAGAGAAACAGUUUGCUUCCUGAACCUUAACGGAGGAGGUGCUGGGGCGCUGAGCUGUACCGGACCCACGCAGACCCAGCUGCUCAGCCCCAGCCUAUCACACAGAGACCUGGGCCAAACGAGCCAAUGAAAGGACACGAUUUGGGACAUUCACUUUCGGGUUUGACAUUGUUUGACAGACUACAGCACACUGUCCCGCGUCUGUGGGACAUGAAUGGAAAUGCAGAACUUAAAAAACUAAAAAAUGUAUGUCAUGGAAGUUCAGAAAAUGUGCUGAUGAUACGCAUUCUGUAUGGAGACUAGCAUACAAGGACUUCUUGAGAGGCCGCCUUCACACCGACUGACAGUAUGGAAAAGAGAAGAAAAAAAAUAUUUACAUGCAUUUACUUACAAAAACAAGAGAAACACUUCUACUUCUAGGCAAAAAGAAACCAAAUAGUCUGUCAACUCUAUGGUGUUUUUAAUUGUAAAAAGAAUAUAUGAAUAUAUAUAUAUAUAUAUAUAUAAAUAUAUAUGGAUAUAAAUAUACGGAAUUCAAAAAGUGACCAAGUACAAAGUUGAAGAACACAGGAAUGAUGUAACUAUUUUUCUUUCUUUUUUUCUUCUUCUCCCCCCUUUUUGUGUAUUAACUGUCACGUUUUGGUUUCGGGCUCAAAUCUGACGUAAAAACGUCGUUAACGUCGCGCCGCACGUAACGCGAGACGUGAUUUGGAUUCUGGGAACCUGCACAGAAUCCAAAAUGUGCAACAAA